AUGUUUCGACUAUGGCGCCUCGUGUGGACGGCGGCGGCGGCGGCGGUCGCUGCGGACUACGUGAUCGAUCGCAUGCCAGUAUGCGUCACGAUUGCCCACUGCCCCAUUCUGCCCUGCCACGACCUCGUUGCGUGCUCGACGACCGGGCACUGCCAGUACACUAAACACACCAAAGGUACCCUCUGUCCGUCUCAGGGGUGCUCGAACGGUGGCUUCUGUGACGACGACGCCAACGAUGCGUGCGACGCCGACGGUGAGUGCGUCGACGGCUUCUUCCCGUCGACGUAUGUCUGCCGCUGGCCUCUUGGCGACUGCGACGUGCCUGAACUCUGCACGGGGUAUUCGGGCACGUGCCCCGACGAUGCCCUCGCCGCCUUUGGCGCCCCUUGCACGGGAAUCGCCAACGGAGCGCCCUGCGACGGCCAAGAUAUCUGUGACGGCAAUGGUGCCUGCAUCGACCAGCUUGAGCCCGCCGGCGCCAUGUGCAACGGCGACGUCGAGGCCAACCCGUGCAUUAUUCCUGGAACGUGCUGUGGCACAACACGAACCUGCUCGGCGCCACGGAAGGCGCGUGUCGGUACGCCGUGCACGGGCGAAAGCCAAGGCCAAGUGUGCGAUGCCCCUGAUACGUGCGACGGCGACGGACGCUGUGUCGACCGCUUCGAGCACGGCACGAUCUGCAAGAUCGCGCUGGAUUACUCCCGCGCCGUGUUCUGCAAUGGCCGGACAGGAGCCUGCCCCGUAUCGAGCUUCAUGGAAGCUAGCGACGUCGAAACGACAGGAAACGAGGUCGCCAAGGCGAGCGCUGAGACGAGUAGCAACGUGCUUGUUGCCCACUCGUCGCCGUCGUUGCUCGUAGUCGGCGUCAUCGGCGUCGUCGUCGGUGGUAUUGCUGUCGCGGCGUACAUGCGUCAAUCCAACGUGACGCCCGGGGACUACGUAGCCCUUUCUCUUUAA